AUGAUUCCUUACCUCCCCGACGAGAUUCUGAGUGCGAUAUUCAGUCAUCUCCUGACUCCAAGCCAAAGGCACCACUGCCGUGAUGAUUGGCAUCACGAUUCUACACAGGUCCGCCUUGUGUGCCACCGGUGGAAUGCCAUCGCUACCAAGUGUCUCCUCGGGACCUUGGUACUUCGGCAUAGCGGUAUCACCAUGAACGACAAGUUCAGGGCCUGGCAUAAACUCGUGGACUCCGACCGUCUAAGACCCGAUGUCCGGCGUAUUGCCAUCGAAACCGCAAUCCUGGCCGAGGAUCCAUCUUCGAUUAACCAUGGGGCAUGCGAAGUGCGCUUUACAGCAGCCUGCAUUGGUCCCGAAGGCGAGAUUGAGCGAAACCAUCAAAUGAACCUGAUGGACGUUUCGCUGGACAUAACGCCUGUCGAGGAGCCGACAAAUACGCGGCUCCAUUCCCUUAAAGCCCUCGCGAGGGCCAUACAAGAGCGAAACAAACGUCCCAACUUGAGCACAGUUCGCGAACUGGUUCUGGAAAACUUACAGAACGUGCCCAUACUGGACUCUGUUGCUACAGACCCCCUCCGGGAUAUUGAGCGUCUGCACAUCAAGAUCCUCUCUGAAGGUGAAAAAUACGGUAUCCUGGACUUGGUGCCAAAUCUUGUCGAAUUGACACUCGCUGGAAAGAACUGGGCUGCGAUCCCUGGAGCGUUCUACGGCAUGGAUGUUGUGUUCCCAAGGUUGGAUACUCUAACUUUGCAGGGUCUUGAAAACCUGCAUAAGUGGCAUUUCGAUUGGGUGCUGAGUCAUAAGUCUCUCAGAAACCUAAACCUUCAUCAAUGCACUAUCGCUACGCAUUGUCUCGUACAACAACCCAAGUUUGUGUUCUGGAGGGUCAAUCUCGAUGGCUGGGUGAGAGUCCAAGACGACACCCAUGAUCCCGAUCAUCAGCAUCGAUUUCCCAUCGACUACACACCCACGCCAGAUGAUGAUGAGCCCGGUUGGAUCCGCAAACACCUACCUCGCCUGGAGGCCUUUAGCUUUGACGCAAAGGAAUGGGAAAACUACUUUCGACAUGUCGAGGAUCCCUUAUCCUCCUACACCGAGAUUGGAUUUCGGUAUUCCUGGUUUGCACACGGUUGGUCUCUCCUACAACCGCGGCCGUGGCUUCCGGAAAGGUCAGUCCUAAACUGUAUUGAAAAGUGUCAAUAUGUCGAGGCCGGGGUGAUAGGCCGUCCAGAAGUGCUGCCGGACAUAACUGAGCAGGCUGAUAGCCAAGCAUUGGAGAAGUUACUUCAAACAGUUGAAGGCCGCCGACGCAAUGCAGGACGCUAG